CAUAUCGUGAAUAUUAUUCACAAUUUCUUUUAUUACCAUGGGAACAUGGAACCGAAGCAUUAGAACAUUUGUUUGGAAUUUCACGAAAAAUACUUCCUGAUUUUAAUUUUUAUGAGUUUUUUAAAAUACAACAAAAAGUAUCAUUUCGUGAUAAAAUUUCACGUGCUGGAAUAAUUGAUACUA